GAAGUUCUCUACCUACUUGCAACAAUAUCGCUCAAUCCUCUGAAGUGCAGAAACACGCAGGAAUGCUCCACAAAAGCUCACCUUUAGUGACUCCUCACCCUUAUGACCCUUCAUUCCAAGUCCCGCUGCAGCUUCAUUCUCCCCUACUUUCGCAUGACUCGGUGCCCAUCCGCCUCCUCACUCACUUUAGCACCCUUGAGACUCUUCUAACCCACCCGCGCCCAAAUACCCAAGUGCAACGCCAGAUCGACAAUGCCAAGAAAGUCGUUGAAGAUGUCAGAAUAGGAUUCUUUGGAGCAGGGUAUCAAGCACACCUCAAGACACUCGCUACCCUAUCUCAAUUGCUCACAACAGCUCUACAACUCCGUGCAGACGUUAAUCUACAAGCCCAUAAAUACACCGCACACCAAUUGGCGCUGCUAUAUCAAGCAACCACUCCAUUGCCCGCCUUACACGCGUUUCAACCUCACAUUCAAAAGCAUUUUGAAUCCGUCAAGUCUGUGACAAGUGCUGGAGGCUCAUUAAACGAGGAACAAAAGACAUGGCUUUACGAUAUGACCACCAACAUGAUCCACCAAGUUCUCUAUGCUGGCGACAAGGGUGGGAUGUUGGUCCCCCCUGCAGUAAAAGAAGUGUUUGAGAGUGCAGCUGCUGGGUGCUUCCAGUAGGAAAUGACCCAUUUUCAGUACAUGGCUGUGCCACAGAUUUUAAUACAAGUUGUGGGGUAAUUCUCAAUUAGGCAA